ACAAUGAAAGAGAGAGAGAGAGAAUGUGUGUUAUAUAAUAUCAUAUGUUUAUUGACUGAACUUUUUUAGUGACAAAUUGCCGACCAAUUUGUCGGUGAUAUUUGUGGCCAAAAAAAAAAAGAGAAAACGAAAUGCUAUUGUUUUGCGCCAAAUGCGGGACCCGAUUGACACUUGAAGGCCGUGAUGUAUGUCAUGUAAUGGCGUGUCAGACGUGUCCGUACGUGUUUCGAGUGACCAGAAGUAUUGUUAACCGAAAGUAUCCGAAACUGAAAGAAGUGGACGAAGUGUUGAGCGAUUCGGCCGUCUGGCAGACCGUCGACUCGACCGACGAAAAGUGUCCGAAAUGUGAACACACGAGGGCUUACUUCAUGCAACUGCAGACACGAUCGGCUGACGAACCGAUGACCACAUUCUAUCGGUGCUGCAGUUGUGGCCACCGAUGGAAAGAGUGA